AUGUCGACAGACUCUAGCCACGCCAUGCUGACCAGGCAGGCUUCUUUUGCUGGAGCUCAUCAUGAGAUCUUAGAUGCUGGGUCACAGGUGAACUAUCUUCGGCCUUCAGAUUACAGAAGAAUGUCUAACAUAGCUAGAGGAGAAAAUGCUGAAAGAAGAAUGAAGAACAUGCAUGCAUCAUCCGAUGAAGGAUUUGACCGUUCCGUGGAAAAGUCUAUGACGCAUCCGGCAUCGUCACCUAGCACUGCAAUAUCCAGCGCGUCAUUGGCUGAGCUAGGCACGGUUGGUACAGAUGAGAAGACUUCAGCUGAUGAAGUCAUCACAGACAUCAAGGAUUUAGUCGCUAUAGUUGACUGGACUAUAGAGCACAUAGAAGGCGAGAUCCAGCUGCCGAUGCCGAACAUCCCGAUGUUGUACGAGGACCACACGGUGGAGGUCGUCGACCCCGAGCUGGUGUCGCAGCUGGAGGAGGCGGUCAUGAUGUGGCAACAACAUAUUGACAGUACCAUCGCUGUUUGUUUGGGGAAGACUCGAGAAGGCGACGGACCAGUAGCGGAGUACAAGUACUGGCGCGAGCGUGACGCUGAAAUAUCUCUACUUGUUGAACAACUAAAGCAGCCUAUGGUGGUCAAGAUAUUGAAUCUGCUUGAACGAGCUAAAUCUACUUAUCUUGAAGGCUUUAAAAACUACAAAGAAAGAUUGGUUGACCAGUACAAUAUGGCGAGCGACAAUUUGAAGUUCCUGUCCACUUUGAUGCGAUUCUUCACUGUAAUAGAAGACGAGUCCACACUGCCACAAGUAAUAGAGAUUCUCCCGGAACUAGUGGAGAGUAUCUACAUGAUGUGGGUGCUCUCCAAGGGGUACAGAACUGAUGACACCAUGGUGCCUCUAUUGGCCAGGAUCUCUUGGGCACUGAGUGAUAAACUGGAAAAUAUUCUUAAUGUGCAUAAGUUGUUUGACAAACCAAACGAGGAGGUACUAUCCUUAGCUCGAAACUCUCAGAAAAUAAUGGAGAUGUGGCAUGACUUGUACCGUGAGACGCGCCGGAAUAUAGAGAUGAGUGGCAAGGGCGCGCGCUGGGAGUUUGACCAGCCGCUACUGUUCACACAGACUGACUACAUCGGGACUGUCGCUAGGGAUCUCGGGGAUGUCGUACAGGUCCUAAUAGACUUCGAGCGCAUAUUCGGUUUGGAACUCAAAUCCAUUAUAAGCGACCCAACACAAAUAGAUGACGUGCGCAAACGCGUGAAAAACUUAGUCUUCCCGAUACGGACGAUCGACUUUAGCGUGUUCGUGUUCGAUAACAAGGAGAAUUGGGACGUUAUCAUGGGUGACUUCUGGAAUGAAGUCAGAUAUUUGGAAGAUGAGGCUAAAAACUAUAUCAAUCAGAGCUUUGGGAAUUUGAGGUCUUCAGAAGAAGCUCUCUCAGUGUUGCUAAAGUUCUUAGAGUUUGACACUCGGGAAGCGAUUCGUCAGCAACUAUCCACGAAGUUUGACCUCGUCAUGAGGCAGUUCAUCAAGGAGAUCACUGCUAUUGAGGAUAAGUUUACUCGUUUUCGUAAAAACCCACCUCUGCUUCGCAACCAUCCGCCGGUUGCUGGCGCCAUAUACUGGGCGAGGGCUCUCUUCAACAAGAUGAAACAACCGAUCAUGAAGUUCCAAAAGGUGCCAGAACUAAACGACUGUGAGCAAAAGAAGGAAGCUUUCAUGCAAUACAAGGCGUUCUCCAAAGUCAUCAAGGAGUAUGAAGAACAGAAGUACAGGGAAUGGGUGGGACCGGCUGCAGAGUUCGUGGAUAACAUGAUGAAGAAGAAUGUCCUUAAGGUCGAGUUCAAGAAGGAAGCAGUGGUAGCCGCUACUACCACGGGUCGUGGCAUGGAACUGACGGCCGCGGGGAAAGCUCACGUGGAACGGAAGAAGAAGGCGGCUGGGUCUACUGUGUCGCUACAACCAGUUGAUAUUGUUAAUAAGGAGUUAGCUGACAAGCGACGGAGGGAUAAAGCUUUAAUGCUAAUGAGGAUACCCGGCCAACAUUACGAGAAUGUUAGAUCACCCAGCUCCACGUCUCUACUAGCUAAAGAAGGAUUGACGGAUGUAACCUGGCGCGACCUGACGGUACACAAACUGAUGCAGGAGUACCAACUCACCUUUCAACCAAACUUCAAUAAACAUAUAUUCCUGAUUAUUCAUGAAGCUGAACUCUUGGAACAACUUGGCUACGACCUCCCCUCAACUAUCCGUGACGUGGCAAUGCAGAAAGCCAGACUAUACUAUGAGUUAGAAGCACUCGAGAGUGUUAUAGCCAAGUACAAUAAGAACACAUCAGCUCUAAGCCCUUCUGAGACACAUCUCAUGAAGAAACACUUCUUGGACAUGGAGCGACAUAUACUGCCUGGUUUGACUAGAGUUACAUGGACUGCACUCGGUAUUGGGGAUUAUAUUAAGGAUAUUACUAAAGGUGAAAAUUCCCUACAAGCUGUAUACAAGCAACUAAAGAUGGUGGAAAAGGAGGUCCAGUUCUUAGUAGAUCAACUGGAAGCCUUCGACCUGUUCCCGCUGUUGAAGCCGCAGAACUACCUGGACCCUAAGACUGGCGAGCCUGACUCCACAUGGCUUUAUCCUUGUAAGGCGUACUUCGUGGAAGUCGAAAACGAGCGCCUAGAGCGCAUAGCAGCUCUCUCCCGUAUCUACGACCGCAUCGGUCCUAUACUGAUGAAGCUGGAGUACUUGAUACUUGGCACCAGCACCGGCACCUCGCCUGUUAUGACUGCCUACUAUACGCACUGGGAGAGGAAGAUCUUUUUGUGUCUUGUCAGAUUAACACUAGAGAACUUGGAGGACUUCCAGCAAAUGUUGAGUGAGAAGGUUCCGAUGUUCCAAGUGGACGCCAUACUAGUGCCUCCGGACAUCGCCAUGCGGCCGACACAGACCGAGGUCUGCAAUAUACUGGGAUACGAUGUCAAACAUUUUCUUAACAGGUUAACAACGUUCCCUCGGUGGAUGAAGAAGACCUGCCUCCCAUGCCCUCCACAGCGCAUAGAGGAGGCAACAGGCAAUGAGUUCUAUACAUUCUCCUUCUUUGAAGAUAUACUCCGGGUGGCAGCCAUCAAUGACAUCACGCUACUCAUACAGGACACCAUCUUCAGACUGACUUCCGAUAUUUAUACUUAUAUUGUCAAAUGGCACAAGUAUGCCCACCUCUGGUCCUACGACAAGCACUUAUCAUGCGAGAAGUACGUACAGAAAUUCGACCAAAUAUACAAAUAUGAUGAGAAAUUCUUCUUUUUCGAAGACAUUAUUAAUGACUUAGAUGAACAUGUCAAGUUUGUGGACAUUGGAGCCAUUAGGGUCAACUUGCGACCCGUGAUACAACAGGUACAGGACCAUGCGCAGGAGUGGAAGAAUAUACUUGGGGCUUGUAUUGCAUUGAAGACUAGGACCAGUAUGUAUGAAUUGAAGAAUCAAAUUGAGAAUCUUCGUAUGACAGUCAACAUGAACAUCAAAGGCCUGGAAGACUUCAAGCUGGUGAUGGCCACCAUCACACUGGUGCAGCAGAUGACCAUCACCGCAGAAUGCAAGUACAAGAACAUGCAGGAGAUAUUCCACAUGCUUAGACAACAUAACAUUGAUGUAUCCGAAGAAGAUCUACUCUUCGCUAAAAAUUUAGAAUCAUCCUGGGGCAGUCUGUACCAAACUACACUAUUCCGUGCAGCUACUCUAGAGAAGACUAAAGAAAAGUUCUCCAAGAUGAAUGUUAUAGAGAUAGCGAACUUCUUGAGAGAGCUCGACGAGUUCGUGGAGAAAUUCGAUGCUGAGGGUCCUGGGACCGUUGGAGAUGAUAUGGACAGGGGCUUGUUGCUCAUUGAGGAAUACAGCAAAUACUUCGAUGACUUUGAGAAUCGUAAAAAGUUGUUACAAGCUGCUGAACAACUCUUCGACAAUCCUUUAGCGGACUUCUCGAACUUCAACCGAGCGAGGACUGACUUCGGUUAUAUGGAGCAAAUAUACAAGAUAUACAAGGCACAGAAAUACGCUAGGGAGUUGUGGUCAAAAACUCUAUGGACCAAUUUGAACCCACAGGCCCUUGUUGAUGGUAUUGAGCAGUUCUUCAAGGAAUUCAGAAAACUGCCGAAAAUCAUUCGUCAGACUCCAAGCGGUCAGAUGCUGGACCUGAAGAUGAGGCAGUUCAAGGGUGUGGUGCCUUUGAUGGUGUCCCUCAAGAACGAAGCCAUGCGCGAGAGACAUUGGAAGGAACUCAUGAAGAAGACUGGCCAGGAUUUCGACAUGUCCCCGGAUCGUUUCACAUUGGAAAAUAUGUUCGCCAUGGAGCUGCAUAAGUAUCAAGAAGUUGCCGAAGAGAUUGUCAACCAUGCUAUCAAAGAAUUAGCGAUAGAACGAGGCGUGAAAGAUAUACAAGACACGUGGGCUAGCAUAGCAUUCACGGUGGCUCGACACUUCAACCGCGGCGAGGACCGAGGGUACACACUGAACCCGUGCGAUGAGAUCUCUGUCAAGUUGGAUGAUGAUGCCAUGACGCUGCAGAGCAUGGCGGCUUCACAAUUCAUUGGUCCAUUCCUCUCCGUGGUACAUACAUGGGAGCGACGCUUGUCUCUUAUAUCAGAAGUUAUUGAAGAAUGGCUGGCCACACAGCGCAAGUGGCUCUAUCUAGAGGGGAUCUUUGUCGGCGGUGAUAUACGCACACAACUGCCUGAGGAAGCGAAGAAGUUCGACGAUAUUGAUCGGUCUUUUAGAAAGAUCAUGUUGGAUACGGCUAAGCGGCUGAAUGUAGUCGACUGCUGUACUAUAAGUGGUAGACUGGAGGAGUUCAUUAACCUCGGCAUUGGACUGCAGAAGUGUCAAAAGUCGCUGAAUGAUUACUUGGACUCCAAACGACGUAUAUUCCCUCGAUUCUUCUUCAUAUCGACAGACGAGCUGCUGUCUAUACUUGGCAGCAGCGAGUGUAGCUGUGUGCAGGAACAUAUGAUCAAAAUGUUCGACAAUAUUCGUUCAUUGGAGCUGUACGUUGACCACACUAACCGCCCUGUGGCUGCCAAAAUGAUAUCCGCUGAAGCAGAGAUAAUGGAUUUCCGUAAUGUGGUAUACACAGAGGGCCGCGUGGAAGACUGGAUGAACCUCGUGCUGAGAGAGAUGAUGAACACUAACAGGUUCAUCACAAAGAAGGCUAUCUUCUACUAUGGCAGGAACUGGAAGGUGCCGAGAACGGAAUGGAUCCUCCAAUACCAAGGCAUGGUCUGCCUGGCUGCAAACGGAGUGUGGUGGACUGCGGAGACAGAGGAGACGUUCAUACGUAUCCGCAAGGGAAACAAGCGCGCUAUGAAGGAACAUUUAGCACAACAGAACGAACAACUUGAUGGAUUAGUUGUUAAAGUCAGACAGGACCUGUCGUCAAACGACCGGCUCAAAUUCCGUACAAUCACGACAAUAGACGUGCACGCGCGUGACAUCAUCGAAGGGUUUGUGCGUGACAACGUGACGGACGCCAGUGAGUUCGAGUGGGAGAGCCAGCUCAGGUUCUACUGGCUGAAGAAGAAUGAUGGUCUGUGGAUUAAGCAGUGCACUGGUGUCUUCGAGUACGGUUACGAGUACAUGGGUCUGAAUGGUCGGCUGGUGAUCACGCCACUGACCGAUCGAAUCUACCUCACCAUUACACAGGCUUUAACCAUGCAAUUAGGGGGAGCACCUGCAGGUCCCGCGGGUACGGGCAAGACAGAAACAACGAAAGACCUAGCGAAAGCCCUGGGUCUACUAUGUGUGGUGACUAACUGUGGGGAAGGAAUGGACUUCCGCGCAGUAGGACAGAUCCUCGCCGGUCUGUGCCAGUGCGGGGCGUGGGGAUGCUUCGAUGAAUUCAAUAGAAUAGAUAUUUCUGUGCUUAGUGUCAUAUCCUCCCAGUUGCAAUGUAUUAGAAGCGCGCUGUUAAUGAAGCUCAAGAGGUUUACUUUUGAAGGUCAAGAAAUAGCAAUGGACAGUAAAGUAGGUAUCUUCAUUACAAUGAACCCUGGGUACGCUGGUCGGACGGAGUUGCCGGAGUCUGUGAAAGCAUUGUUCAGGCCUGUCGUAUGCAUCCUGCCUGACCUGGAGCUCAUCUGUCAGAUCUCACUGUUCUCUGAUGGAUUUCUUACUGCUAAGGUGCUAGCAAAGAAGAUGACAGUACUAUACCACGUCGCCCAGCAACAACUGUCCAAGCAGUCGCAUUACGACUGGGGACUGCGUGCUCUCACUGCAGUGCUACGUAUGGCGGGGAAACUACGCAGGGACUCACCCGGACUUAGUGAGAUCAUGGUGCUUAUGAGGGCACUCAGGGACAUGAACAAUCCAAAGUUCGUGUUUGAAGACGUGCCGUUGUUCCUGGGUCUGAUCAAGGAUCUAUUCCCUGGACUAGAGUGUCCACGCGUGGGUUACCCAGACUUCAACGCUGCGGUCAAUGAAGUACUGGAGAAGGAUGGCUAUAUCGUGCUACCUCAUCAGGUUGACAAAGUGGUACAGUUAUACGAGACGAUGAUGACUCGCCACUGUACGAUGCUGGUUGGUCCCACCGGCGGUGGGAAGACCGUCAUAUUGCAUACUAUCGUCAAGGCACAGACUCUACUGGGACUGCCUACUAAACUUACUGUGCUCAAUCCUAAGGCGUGUUCUGUAAUAGAACUCUAUGGAAUUCUGGAUCCUGUUACUAGAGACUGGACUGACGGUUUAUAUUCGAAAAUAUUCCGAGAAAUGAACAGGCCAGCAGAAAAAGACGAACGCCGCUACUCUCUAUUCGACGGUGACGUAGACGCCCUAUGGAUUGAGAACAUGAACUCCGUAAUGGAUGACAAUAAGCUGCUGACCCUAGCCAAUGGGGAGAGGAUCCGAUUAGCUCCAUAUUGCUCACUGCUAUUUGAAGUAGGAGACCUAAACUACGCCUCUCCUGCUACCGUGUCGAGAGCCGGCAUGGUGUUCGUGGAUCCUAAGAAUUUGGGAUAUCAGCCUUAUUGGGACAGAUGGCUACGUGGUCGCAACAACGAGGAGGAGCGUGAACAGUUGGACGGUAUGUUCGACCACUACGUGACGGGUGCCAUCAACUACAUCAUCUUCGGCAUGUUCGGGCUGCAGCAACAGACUCCACUCAAGACCAUCGUACCACAGACACCACUUAACCUGGUGGUGCAAUUAUGCUACAUGAUCAGCGGCCUGCUGCCGAACAGAGAGGACGCUAAUGAAGAGAUUGAUAGAACUGUCGUCGAAUGCGUGUUCAUGGUGUCAAUGUACAACAGUCUUGGGGCCACUAUAAUAGACGAUGGCCGAUUCGAUUUCGAUGUUUAUAUCAAGAAAGCGUGCCCAAUGAUGCUCGUAGAAGACACACUGGAAAAGAAAGCUACAACAAAACACUUUCCAAUGGGCUUUCCAUCUCUAUACGACUAUUGUCUGGAACUUACCACCAAGACCUGGGAAGCGUGGGAGUGGCUGGUACCAGAAUAUGUCCACGACAGAGAGAUGAAGUUCCCAGCUAUACUGGUGCCCACUGUAGACACACUGCGACUGACUUGGCUCAUCAAGAUCAUGGAAGGCGUCGAACGCCCCGUCUUACUGGUUGGUGAAACUGGGACAUCGAAAACUGCCAUAGUCACCAAUUUCUUACGCGGAUUACCGCCUGAGAAAUAUUUGGUCCAACAAAUGAACUUCUCAUCGCGAACAUCAUCGAUGGAUGUACAGCGCAACUUGGAGUCGGUGGUGGAGAAGCGAACUAAGGACACCUUCGGCCCACCAGUGGGGAAGAAGAUGCUGGUUUUCAUUGAUGAUAUGAAUAUGCCUAUUGUGGACAAGUACGGCACUCAGCAGCCCAUAGCUCUGUUGAAGCUGCUGUUUGAAAGGAAAGGUUUCUACGACCGCGGCAAGGACCUCAACUGGAAGAACAUUAAGGAUGUAGGAUUCCUAGCUGCUAUGGGGAAAGCUGGUGGUGGAAGAAACGAUGUGGACCCUCGCUUCAUAUCAAUGUUCUCAGUAUACAACCUGCAGUUUCCAUCAGAGAACACAUUACGUCACAUCUACGUGUCCAUCCUGAAGGGACACUUCGACAUCUUCCCUGAAGACAUACAGAACAUUGUCGACAAGAUCGUGCAGAUGACCUUGGAUUUAUAUAAGAUAAUAAUAGUGGACCUGCCCCCAACGCCGACGAAGUUCCACUACAUAUUCAACCUGCGCGACCUGUCCCGUAUAGCGGCGGGCAUGUGUCUCACACACCCCAACUACUUCAGUGAGAAGCGAUGCGUCGUACGGUGCUGGAGGAACGAGUUCACUCGAGUCAUAUGUGACAGACUCAUUAGUACACAGGACAAUGAUUUAAUGCGCGAGCACAUCCACGAGCAAGUGGUGAAGUACUUCCCGGAGGAGGAGCCAGUCGUGCUCGAGGAGAUAGUAGUGCCUGAGGAAGAAAUUAGGAAUGAGGAGGAUGAGGAAGUUGAUGAAUUAGGCAUGAUACCUGAACAGAAACAAGAGCCAGAGAUGGCAGUUCCUGAAAUGGUUGAGGAAGAAGAAGAGAUCGAGCCUGAACACGAAUAUACGUUGGAAGAGUACGUGUUCCGUGAUCCACUUUUGUUCGGAGACUACCGCAACGCUUUAGAUGAGGAGGAGAUCAGAUACUAUGAAGACCUGCUCGACUAUGAAGCUGUCUACUUCUUGUUCCAGGAGAUCCUGGACGAGUACAACGACCGUAUCGGCAAGAUGUCGGUGGUAUUAUUCGAGGACUGCUUGGAACACUUAACUCGAACACACCGUAUACUGCGCAUGGACCGCGGGAACGCUCUCAUCAUCGGCGUCGGCGGCUCCGGGAAGAAGUCCAUCUGUAGACUCGCUUCUUUUGCUGCUGGGUGCGACACAUUCGAGAUUGUAAUAACUCGCAACUACAACGAGAACACGUUCAAAGAUGACAUGAAGCGGUUGUACAACGCGCUCGGAUGUGAUAAUAAGAAAACUGUCUUCUUAUUCACUGCUGCACAGAUCAUUGAAGAAGGUUUUCUGGAAUUCAUCAAUAAUAUUUUGAUGAUCGGAAUGAUUCCCGCUUUGUUUGGUGACGACGAGAAGGAUGCCAUCAUUAAUACUGUACGCGCUGCUAGUGACGAAGCUGGAUUUGGAGUCGGCAAAGAUUCUGUAUGGCAUUUCUUCUGCACGAGAUGUGCUGAAAAUCUUCACGUAGUACUAUCCAUGUCUCCUAGCGGUGAUAUAUUGAGGAACAGGUGUCGUAGUUUCCCCGGGCUAGUGAACAAUACCACGAUCGACUGGCAGUUCCCGUGGCCCAAGCAGGCGUUGUUAGCUGUCGCCAAUGUGUUCCUUGCUGAUGUAGAGAAAAUCCCAGAAGAGUUUCGUCCAAUAAUAGUAGAGCACGUGGUCCACGUACACAUGUCCGUCGCGCACUACUCACUGGAUUUCUUACUGCGUCUGCGCAGGAACAAUUACGUCACGCCAAAACAUUACAUGGACUUCCUCACUAAUUACUUGUCACUGCUGAAGGAGAAAGACGCUUUUAUUGUUGCUCAGUGCGAGCGUUUGAUCGGUGGAUUAGCUAAGAUUGAAGAAGCCAAUGUUCAGCUCGAGGACUUGAACGCCAAGCUAGCUGUACAGAAAGUUAUUGUAGCUGAACAGACUAAGGAAUGUGAGACAUUGCUCGCUGAGAUCUCGAAAGCUACAACCGCAGCGACAGCAAAGCAAACGGUAGCGUCCAUAAAGUCAGCAGAGAUCACGGAGCAGAGCAAAAUAAUAUCUGAAGAGAAGGCGGAGGCCGAGGAAGUAUUGUCAGCAGCGCUACCGGCCUUGGAAGCUGCCAGGCUAGCUCUAGCUGACCUUGACAAGAAUGAUAUCACUGAGAUCCGAUCCUUUGCCACGCCACCUGAGGCUGUGCAGGUGGUCUGCGAAUGUGUAGCAAUAAUCCGAGGAGUGAAAGACAUAAGUUGGAAGGGAGCCAAGGGUAUGAUGGCGGACCCCAACUUCCUCCGCAACCUGCAGGAAAUGAACUGCGACCUCAUCACACAAGGACAGGUCAAGGCUGUCAAGACACAUAUGAAAAAGAGCAAGAAACUUGAUACUAUGCAGCAAGUCAGUAAGGCUGGCUACGGUCUCCUAAAAUUCGUAAUCGCGGUACUUGCAUACUGCGCUGUUUACAAAGAAGUUAAACCAAAGAAGGAGAAAGUGGAAGCUUUAGAGAAGGAAUAUACGGAGGCAUGUAAUUAUUUAGCGUCAUUGAACCGCGAGAUAGAUCGGUUACAACGUACACUAGACGGACUGAACCGUAAGUACGAGACCGCGAUGCUGAGGAGACAGGAACUGCAGGAGGAAACUGACAUCAUGAUGCGACGGUUAAUCGCAGCAGACAAGCUAAUGUCAGGUCUAUCGAGCGAACAAAAGCGUUGGACAGAAGAUUUAGCAGCGUUGUACGUGGAACAAUCACGUUUGAUCGGCAAUUGUCUUCUAUCAGCUUCGUUCUUGAGCUACGCCGGCCCUUUCUCAUUCUCGUUUAGACAGACCAUGAUAUAUGAAGACUGGUUGGGCGAUGUCCUCGAACGAGGGAUCCCGUUGACCACUCCAUUCACUAUCGAGAAGAAUUUGACCAAUGAGGUCGAGAUUAGUGGUUGGAACUCUGAAGGUCUACCUCCAGAUGAGCUGUCAGUUCAGAACGGCAUACUCACAACGAGGGCCUCCCGAUUUCCACUCUGUAUCGAUCCUCAAACACAAGCGCUAUCGUGGAUCAAGAGGAAGGAGACCAAAAAUAAUCUUAAGGUGCUAUCAUUCAACGACCCUCAGUUCCUUCGUCAGCUGGAGAUGGCUAUCAAGUAUGGCAUGCCCGUGUUGUUCCAAGAUGUCAACGAGUACAUUGACCCUGUUGUAGAUAACGUACUUGAGAAGAAUAUUAAAACGGAGAGCGGUCGUACAUUCGUAAUGCUGGGUAGUUCAGAAGUAGACUACGAUCCCCACUUCCGUAUGUAUCUCACCACGAAGCUCUCCAACCCACAGUUCAACCCCGCCACCUACUCCAAGGCGGUCGUCAUCAACUAUACCGUCACUGUGCAGGGUCUAGAAGACCAGCUCCUCAGCGUAGUAGUACGUGCCGAGCGAUCAGACUUAGAGGAACAGCGUGAGAGUCUGAUCAUAGAGACCAGUGCCAACAAGAGUCUACUGUCAGGACUCGAAGACUCACUACUGAGAGAGUUGGCCACUUCUACUGGCAACAUGCUGGACAAUGUGGAGCUCGUCAACACCUUGGAGAAUACUAAGGCUAAAGCUGCUGAGGUAAUGGAAAAACUGCAACUAGCGCUGAUAACAACGCAGGAUAUAGAGAUACUCCGCGAUGGGUACCGACCGGUGGCCAAACGUGGCUCCAUACUCUUCUUCGUGCUAUCAGACAUGGCCGGUGUGAACGCCAUGUAUCAGUACUCGCUGUCUUCUUAUUUAGAUGUGUUUUCAUUCGCUCUGCGCAAAGCAAUGCCGAAUGUAAUUCUGGCGAAACGUUUGAAGAACAUCAUAGAUAUGCUCACCAAGAAUGUUUAUGACUACGGAUGUACAGGUAUUUUCGAGCGCCACAAACUCCUAUUCUCUUUCCAAAUGAACAUAAAGCUGGAACAAAGCGAAAACCGCGUCUCACAAAUGCAGCUCGAUUUCUUCAUCAAGGGAAACAUCUCUAUUGAGAAGUCAGCGCGACAGUGUCCUGCUUCUUGGAUACCUUCACAGGGUUGGCAAGAUAUAAUGAAGCUGAGCUUGGACUUCCAGAAUUCCUUCAGUGCUCUGCCAGACAACGUCACCAGAAAACUUAAUGAGUGGCAAGAGUGGUUCGACAGCGACACUCCAGAAGCGAACGAGAUCCCGAACCAUUACCGCGACAAGUUGCAACCGUUUGAGAUAUUGAUGCUGCUUCGAUGUUUCCGCGUGGACCGCAUCUACCGCGCGCUCACUGACUACAUCACCGUCACCAUGGGGGAGGAGUACAUCACGCCGCCAGUUAUCAGUCUAGACAUGAUAUUCGAGCAAACGACCCCGUUCACUCCGGUAGUCUUCAUCCUAAGCCCCGGUUCAGAUCCUACAGCUGACCUGAUGAAGCUGGCUGAUAGAUGCGGCUUCGGAGGCGGCAAGUUCAAGUACCUGUCUCUAGGUCAGGGGCAGGAAGGGGCGGCCAUAGCCCUACUGGAAGGUGCGAUAUCCCAUGGACAAUGGCUGAUUCUCCAAAACUGUCAUUUAUUGGUAUCAUUCCUACGUGAGCUGGAGAAACAACUGGAGAUGAUGACGAAGCCGCACCCCGAGUAUAGAUUAUGGCUCACUACUGACCCAACACCGACGUUCCCUAUUGGGAUCUUACAGAGAUCGCUUAAAGUCGUAACGGAGCCGCCUAAUGGUUUGAAGCUGAACCUCCGCAACACAUACUUCAAAAUGCGCAGCCAUGCACUGGAGGAGUGCAUACACCCACAGUUCAAGAAGUUGGUUUAUGUCCUCGCUUUCUUCCAUGCUGUCGUACAGGAGCGGCGCAAAUACGAUAAGAUCGGAUGGAAUAUAUCGUACGACUUCAGCGAGUCGGACUUCGUGGUCUGCAUGCAGAUACUGCAGUGUUACCUCGACCGGUGCUACGACGUACGGGGACCUACGCCUUGGGCCACGCUCAAGUAUCUGUUUGGAGAGGUGAUGUAUGGCGGGCGUGUAAUAGAUGACUUUGACCGUCGCGUAGUGGGCACCUACAUGGAGGAGUACCUGGGAGACUUCCUGUUCGACAAGUUCCAACCAUUCCACUUCUAUUGCGACAGCACCUUCGAUUAUGUGAUCCCGCCCGAUGGGGAGAAGGAACAGUAUAUUGAGUUCAUAGACACCCUUCCUCUGGCGAAUACCCCUGAAGUGUUUGGGUUACACCCUAACGCAGAGAUCGGAUACUUCAGCCAGGCCGUGCGGGAAAUGUGGGGACAUCUCAUCGAAUUACAACCGCAAACCAGUGAGAGUGGUGGUGCGAUGAGUCGCGAGGACUUUAUCGACCUGACAGCUUUGGACGUGUUGUCCAAGCUGCCGCAGCCGUACGAGAUCUGGCGCGUGCGCAAACAGUUCGAGAUGAACAUUACUCCCACACUCGUCGUGUUACUGCAGGAACUUGAGAGAUUCAACCGUCUAAUCUUGCGAAUGCGAUCGACCCUAACACUCCUCCGGAAAGCAUUAGCUGGCGAGAUCGGCAUGGACGCAGUACUGGACAACGUGUCGUACUGCAUGUUCAACGGACAACUGCCACAAGUGUGGAGGAGCCUGGCCCCCGCCACUUGCAAGGGGCUCGGGGGCUGGAUGGACCACUUCAUUGCCAGGACUAAACAGUAUAGUGAUUGGGCAACAAUGGAGGAACCGGUAGUAAUCUGGCUAUCAGGUCUCCACAUCCCGGAGUCGUACCUGAUAGCUCACAUACAGAUAGCGUGUCGCCUGUACACCUGGCCACUCGACCGCUCCACGCAGUUCACCAGGGUCACCAGCUGGGUCUCCGCUGAUGAAAUUGAGGAGAGACCUGUUACGGGUUGCUACGUCCGAGGUUUGUACUUGGAAGGUGCGCGCUGGGAUCUAGAAGACACCUGCCUGCGACGCUCGCACCCGAAGGUGCUGGUCACCGAGCUGCCCAUCAUGUACGUCAUACCCAUUGAGGCACACAAACUGAAGUUACAGAACACGCUACGUACGCCAGUCUACACGACAUCGCAACGCCGCAACGCAAUGGGAGUCGGUCUGGUCUUCAACUCCGACCUUUGGACCGCGGAACACCCUAGCCAUUGGAUCCUACAAGGCGUUUGCCUUAUUAUGAACACUGAUUAA